AUGACCAAAUACAUCAGUUGUAAGAAGGACAUCCACACUGUGAAGAGGAACAUCAGAUCAGCAUUGGACACAACUUUAACUUGUUAUAGGAGUGGGAAAAGUGCAACAGCAAAUACUCUCCUGGGCAGGAAAGAGUUUGAAUCCAAGUGCUCAGGGCAGUCAGUGACCAAGGUCUGCAGGAAAUCCUGGACCAGAAGGAAUGGGAGAGACAUUUCUGUUAUUGAUACUCCAGGCAUUUUUGAUACUGAUACCUCAGAGCAAGAAAAUUUGAAUGAAAUAGCUCAUUUAAUGACACUCUCCUCUCCAGGAUCACAUGCCCUCCUUCUGGUGUUGCAAGUGGGUCAUUUCACCCAAGAGGAGAAGGCAGCCAUAGACAGGCUUUUUAAGAUUCUGGGAGCUGAAGCAGUAAAAUUUCUGAUCUUUGUAUUCACUGGGAAAGACAGACUAGGAGAAGAAAGCAUAGAGGAUUACUUAGGAACCAUUCAAGAUUCAUACUUCUGGGAGUUGUUGGAGAAGUGUGAAAAUCGUUGCUGUGCCUUUGACGAUAAUGCUAGUGGAGCCCAGAGAGAUGCCCAGGUAUCAGAGCUGAUGGCCAUGAUUCUGAACAUGGUGCAAGAUAAUGGGAGCACCCACUACACCAACAAGAGAUAUGAAUUAGUGGAAGUGCUCCUCCAGAAGGACAAAGAGGCACAUCGCCAGUACUACAAGUGUCAGUUUGACAGAAAGAGUGAAGAAAUCAGACAGAAGUAUAAGUGACAAAUAAAAGAGUUAGAGAAGGAAUGGGAAGAAUUGGAGAAGGAAAAUGAACAAUAUAAAAAGAAAAAGGAAGAAUAUGAGAAGCAAAUGGAAGAAUCUGAAAAGGGAAAGCAAAAAAUUGAUAAAAAUAAGAAAGAGUCAGAAGAAGAAAUGGCUAAGUACUGA